AUCUUAUUUCCUCAUUUCCAGACUGGGUCCGGUAGUUUUUGUUUGAAAUUUGACUAGAUACGACACAAUGAGUGAGUUCACUGGCGAACCGAGCACGAGCUCAGCUAAACCGUAUCAUGCCAACGGCGGACUACCCAACAAGUACAAGAACGGAGGGACGACCCUCGAUCGGAAUUAUUUGGAUAAUUUCAAGAAUCUGCUGGGACCCGGAAUGAGCCAUCUGACCGAUAUGACCAAGCGGUAUAACCCUGCGCAUCCCUUUCCUAAGGACGCCCACGUGACACCGACGGAGCUGAAGAAGCUAGUCAUGAAUAGCGAACGAGUACAAAUGAUGAUCCGGCGGGAAUCGGAAGGUGAUCCAAAGAAGAAAACCGAAAUUGUCAACGCUGUCCGGGCCAUUCUGAACGAGAUCGGUUUGGAUGAAAGCUUACCCACCAUACGAACACUCGGGACGAUUCUGAACUUUAUCUUUGGUCGUAUACUCAGUGGGCUGUACGUGAACGAAACCAGACUACAGCAACUCAAAUCCAAAUUCGGUGGACAGACGGUCCUAUACCUGCCCAGCCAUCGAAGCUACGGCGACUUCAUUCUGAUGUCGUACGUAUCGUUCUGCUACAACAUUGCGAUCCCGGGGAUCGCAGCUGGUAUGGAUUUCCACUCGAUGGCAUUCAUGGGCAGCAUCCUGCGCAACACGGGCGCAUUCUAUAUGCGCCGUAGUUUCGGCAACGAUCAGAACUACUGGACAAUCUUCAAGGAGUACAUGCGCCAGUUGGUCAAGGCUUACGACCGAGGGGUAGAGUUUUUCAUCGAAGGUACUCGAAGUAGGAGCAACAAGGCGUUGGCGCCCAAAAUUGGACUACUUUCGAUGGCACUGGAGCCGCUCUUUAUGGGCGAGAUUCCCGAUGUGCUGGUUGUGCCUGUAAGUGUAUCGUACGAUAGACCUCUGGAAGAACACUUAUUUGUAUAUGAACUGCUGGGUGUCCCAAAACCAAAAGAAUCCACCAAGGGCCUUUUAAAGGCAAUGAGCAUUUUGAAGGAAAAUUAUGGUUCUAUUUACUUCGAAUUCGGAGAGGCAAUCUCAGUUAAAGAAUAUUUCGGCACGGAGCUAAACCGGCAGCAGCACGCGAUGAACCCGAGUCACGUUCAAACGUUGACCAAAACUGAACUGGGAAUGAUUCAGAAUCUUGCCUUCGAUGUAGUUCACCUGCAGCAGGAGAAAAUCGUAUUGACCACAUUCCAUCUGAUAUCAAUCUACUACAAUUAUCAAAAAUAUCUCGGCAACUCCAUUACACUACCGGAGUUAGUUAAAGGACUCAGCUGCAUGCUAGAUUUGUUCAAGGACCUCGGAGCAACCACGACAAUCCAAAAAACGGGCAAUGUUGAACAAGAUAACCACCUAAUAGAAACCAGCAUAAGCGAAGCGCUAACAGUACAUCGGAAUAUUCUGCAGCUAACUUCGGAUCAGAUUCUAGUGAUCGCAACUAACCAUCACGAUUUCAGUCAGGUUGAUAAACGAAAACUUAAAGGUCACAACUUGUCGGACGUAGUCAUGAGACUGUCGGUGCCAAUUUUCACUCUUCAGUUAUAUUGCAAUCCCACCCUGCACUGGCUAGCGCAACCUGCUUUGGUGUUGCUUGCUGCUAAGAAUCUCUCACGCGAAGGAGAGGUCCCGCUUGAUCAACUGAGAAAAGUCGUAGGGGAACUGCGGAAUUUAUUUGCGAGUGAGUUUGUAUUCCAUGCCCGAAGGGAAGCACGAGAUUUCGAUCAAGCCGUAAGGCAUCUAAUGAAUUUUGAGUUAUUAACCCGAGGGACAACCGACGAUGUGGUGCGCUUACCUACUAAAUCGGACGAUAAAAAUGUCUAUCUAAGUUCCAUUGGACCGUUCGUGUGCUGCUACAUGCAAGUCACGGCCGUACUGUGCAAUCAAUUUCUCGAGACCUCCUUCAAAGAGAAGGACUAUCUUGCCAAAGUACAAGAACACAUCGAACAGCUCCUGCUGCAGAAGGAGAAAAACGUACAUCCCUAUUGCCUCUCUCUGGAUAGCAUAAAUCUUGCGCUGUACUCACUAGUCGCCCAAGGGGCCAUCAAUAAGACGAAAGAAAAUGACGUCACACUCUUUACCAUCGAUCCCGUUCACAUCCGAACACUCAACGGCAUGCUGCAGAAGUACUGCGAUCUGCUGCCGUUCGAGUAUCUGACCUUCCAGGGAGCGGUGGUAACGGAGUCCAAAUUGUAGAAUCAGUUUUCGCUGCCAGCUUCUGUUGGCCGCGCGUCGGUGCCGAAGAACGCCUUUCAGCUAGUUCGACUGGUCUUGAAUUUGCUGUUGAGGGUGUUGCAAUGCAUGGUACGCUUGAUGCGGUACGUCGGCCGGU